AUGGCAUUUUACCAGUCGGAAAAAAAAAGCAGGCAAAGCAGUUCAGCCCAAAAUAUUGAAGAAGGAACCCACAAUUUAUGCAACCCCAAAGCGCGCAUAUUACAAGGCGAAGAGGAAAUUCCACGGAAGGUGACUUGGAGCGAUGCGCACCACGCGUUAAAAGUAAAAAACGAAAGCGGAAGCCAGGGGGAAAAUCCCAGCCGAAGUCGAAGCGAAGGUCAAGCAGCAGGUCAAGGGGCAGAUCAAGCGGCAGGUCAAAGCCGAAGCCUGAGCCAGACGCACCCCCGCAUUGACACCGGCUCUCAGGCAGACGAGCCUACCAGCACGGUCCCCUCCCAUUCGAAGGAAUGCCCAAGUGAAGUAGCGAACUCGUCUGGCAACACGUGUAGCGUGCCCGCUCAUGCAAAGUUAAGCGACAAGGUGGGACACACGCUGGGGAGUACUCUAGGAGACAGUCAAGUGGACAACCCCCUCAACCUUCCGGGUCAUAAACCGGGAGAAAAGGCACUUUCUUCUGCGCUUCCAGCCCAACCACUAGCCCAACUGCCAACCCAGCCAACGAUGAAUUGCUACCAGAGCGAUGCGAAAAAAAACUACCUCAUGAGGCAGGCUGUAUUUUUCACGCCAAAAAAAAACUGUGUAAUCGUAAGUAAUGAAAAAAAAGAAAUUGGCAAUAAAAUCGGGCAAAAUGCAAAUGAGGAGUAUCCCUUGAAUAGCACUUUGCAGAACCAUGGUGCUUGGGUGGGAGGCUCUGAUCAGAAGAAAACAGAAAAUUCUAGUGGGACAAUUUGGAAGCCCAAAGAAACUGUGUUGUCUUUCAAUAAUGAUAAGCAUGGUGUGAAGCAUAGCAGUGUACAUUUGAAUACCUCUCCUGUGUCCUUCUCGCAAAGCUUUGGUGGGGCGGAGUAUGGCGUCCCGGGGGGAGAGUACUCUCAUGCAGGAGGACACUAUGGGGCGUGUGCGGGACAGUACGGCAACGGGGUUGGGGAGUACCCCUUCUGUGGCACGAAGAAUUGUUGCAGCGCGAACAACUGCUGUAGCGUGAAUAACUGUUGCAGCGUGAGCAGCAGCCUGACCCUGCAGGGAAACAACUUCAACACGCCAAGUAUAGGACACGUAAACUUUGUUCAAAACGGAAGCAGCAUGAACGGUAAGGUGGGCGUCACAGCAGCGGCAACGGCAGGGGGGAACAACAACGAAGGGAGUCUGGAAUAUUUGAAUAUAUCAUCCCAAUGCUUCGCAGAAAAAAAAAAAGACAUCGUGUACUUGUUUCAAGAGCUGCUAAGCUAUUGUGAGUGUUUAAAAAGGAAUAGGAAAAAAAGUACGGAGGAGAUUAAUAAAAUACGAAUUAGCUACAACAAGGUUUCUGAUUUACUAAAGGAGACUUUGAAGAGGGAAAAAAACAGCCACAUAAAAAUCGAAGAGCUGAGGAAUAUUAUCAUUACAUAUGAUGAAAAAUUGGACCGAGUUAAAAAUAGCUCGGAGGGGACCAUAUCAAAUUUAAAUAAAAAUGUGCAAACAUUAAUUGACUUAAACAACAAUCUCGAAAUGGAAAUGAAUAAAGUUGCAAAUGAAAAUCAACAGUUGAGAAAAAUUGCUCAAAACGAAUUUAAUCUGAACAAAGAAAUUAACGAGUUAAGAAAUCAAAUUGAAAUUUUAAACAACGAGAAAGUUGUCCUUGUAAAUCAAAUUGAUGGACUUCGGUUGGAAAACUCCAAAAUUGAGAAUGAGAAAAAUGUCCUGCUAAGUGAUAAGACAUUAUUACACUGCAAAAUUGACGAACUUGAAAAUGGACUGAAAAAUAAAAAUAAUAACAAAAUUUUUAAUCAAGCGAAUGGGAUUGAGCGGGAGAGUAAUCCCUUUAUAAUUAACUCGGACGAAGAAAUAAACCAGCAGGUGAGCAAUUACUUAAAUUUGAACCAUGAGCAGCGGACGGAGCUCUUCAAGAAUUUCCUCUACCACUGGCGCGAGACGAAUAAGGCGGGUCAGAAGUUUUACGAGCAGUCUUGCGUCGCCGGCGCGCCGCUUUAG